AAUUAUGCUUGAUUAAAUUUGGCUGGAGCUCUUUAAUCUUUGUGAUAUCUUCUGCUUAGAUAGAUCCUUAAUUUGUUUGAUUUGCUUGUGUAUGAUUAAACCUUGUUACUUUAACUAAUUAACAUUCUGGAGCCUUAAUUUGCUUGUUUUGCUUGUUAUUUGAAUUUAAUUAAAUAUAAAUGGAAGGAGAUAGGCCUUAAUUUGCUUCUGUUUUACUUGCCAUUUAGGUUCACUAAUGCAUAUUCAUUAAACACAAUGUAAUAAGUGCCUUGCAUGUAAUUGUUUGCAGUUCUUGAUUUAUCUUUUGUUCCUUUUUGGAUCUUGGACAUAUAACAUUUUAAAUGCCUAAUGACUUGUAAUAUGUGUGCUGUGUAAAAGGAUUUGCUGUAUCUUUACGGGUUAUUUCACUUGAGAUUGUUUGCUUUCCUUUGAUCAGCUGUUGUACUAAAUUUGGGUCUUAAUCAGAAUUUAGAAUUGUCAAUAUUUGAAGAAAAUUGUCAAGUCUUAUUUCUCCAUGUAUGGACAAAUACAAUCAACAUAAACUUUUGAAUUGAUUUGAGGAAUGAGGAGUAAAAUAGACUCGUGGUAUUUAAGUAUUGAAUUGAUUUGAUUUGAUUUUCUACGUAUAACAAGGACUGAGAUUAAUCAUCUUCGACCUCUAUCCUACUCUUUCCGCAAUUGAAUAAGCCUUUUUCUUGAAAUUAAAUUUGACACAUUCUUCCCUUGUUAAUGCUAAGCAAAGCCAUGGAAUUUAGAAACCUAGGACUACUUGGAUCAUUUGCCAAAGAGGGGUUGGAAAAAGCAUUCUCUCUUGGAAAGUUCUUCUCUUUUCUACAUGUCACCGACACUUAUUUGGUCACCUUUGUUGUGGUAAGCAUGUGGUAUCUAUUUGCUUUUUCUUAAAAUUCUAUUUCUUUUUCAAGAAACUUGCAAAUUGAUCAUGACAAACUUCCAUCAUAUCAUUCUUUGAAAUUAUAAAUCAAAAGAAAAAAAAAGGUGAUUAACUGUAUUCCUUCACUUUAAAAUGGAUCUCCACAAAUACACUUAACUAUUGCAAUAAUCUGACAGUAUUAAUUUAAUUAAGAUAUUGUAACAAUUAGGAAUCUGUUAAGUGCCCAAGUGAAGAAAACAAGGAGGGAAGGGAAGCAGUUAAGUCAGUUAUAGAAGAUGGUGGUAAAAUAGUACCUUUACCUUUUAUUUACAAUAGAAAAGUGAGUUGAAAAUGAAAAUAGGGCCAACUAAUGUAACAAAUAGGACAGCUGGAAAGGUUGGUGGAGAUGAGGUAAUUCUAUUAUAGAGAGAGGAUCAAAGUUGGGAUUUUAGACCGUGCAGGAUCUUAGGAGGGUGGUAGCUGCUCGAAUGCUACCUUGUUAUCUACUUUCCGUAAUUGGUUCUUCAAUUGAUUCAUCAAAGACCGAGAGAGUAUCACUUUUAUACCUUCCAACUUCAAUGUUUCUCAUUCCCUUCUAUUAUCUUCCUACUCUCCCUUUUGUAAUUCUGCUCUUUAUAUUCUUCUAAUCUGAUUCUUCCUCUAUUGCCUAGACUUAUAAUUACUGCCUAGUCUUACAAAAUUUUAGAAAAUUUUUUAAGUUGAGUUAAUUGGAGAGUAAUGUGGGUAUCACUUUUUACCUAUGAAAAGCAACUAAUCAGCCUCAAUGCAUCAGAUAUCUGGUCCCAGCAUGCUUCCCACAAUAAAUUUGAUCCCAACAAUGUUUUUCGGUGAAAGGAUCUCAACUAGAUUUGGUAAAGUUACUCGUGGAGAUAUUGUGAUUAUUCGCUCCCCUCAAAACCCUAGGAAGCUUCUGGCUAAACGAUUGGUUGGAAUGGAGGAUGAUACUGUUACAUACAUUUCUAACCCUGAUGAGCCUGAUAAGCAGGAAACUAUUGUGUCAGAUGAGUUGGAUAGCCCCAACUUAACAUCACAAACUCAUGCACACUACACACUCACACACAACACUUUUAAGGGUUCCUAUCCACUACUUGGUCUCAACGAAGUUUCAGACCCGGGUGUGGUUGCUCACGAGGCAAAUGAGGCCUCGACCACCUUAUUUAUAGCUUCUUGUGUUGAUUUGUUCCCCUCCCUUACAAAAUGGAUAUAUAGAUUAUGUUGUCUAUGUCUGUGUUAUUUAAGUUCCAAAGGGUUACGUUUGGAUACAGGGUAUGACCAAUCAAAGGUUUUGGACCUUUCUGAAAACACUGAUGUGAGUGUACUUUAUGAUUCUCAAGUGAAGUUCAAUGAAAUUCAGCUUCACAAAUCCCCUUUUCAUUUCCCUCUUUCUCUCUCUCCGCUCUCCUCUCUCGAUCUCAUACCGUACAAUUUGUUCAAGUUCACUAGAUUUUGUAUCCUAAUUCCAUUGAUUCCAAUAUUAUGUUUCUAA